AGCUGCCCUCUCCCGGGGGAGAGCAGAGGAGCCUUAAUAAAUCUCUAAGCCGAGGAGGAAACUCUGGCUGGGGCAGUGCGCCGAGCUCCGGCUGCUCCUGGGGUGCGGCGGCCGAGCGGCGGCGCCGGCGGCGGCAGGAGCAACACAGCGGGCAAAAUACAAAGAGGCCAGGACAGAAGGGAGCCCUCGGCCCACUCGCGUAAACACAGCCCCCUUCACCGUCGCCUCCCCCUCGCACCGCGCGGUGCUGCCGGGUGCCCGAGGCCGCUCGGACUGUUCUGUGCCUGCGAGACUGCGGAAGGAAGGCUACUGGGGACCAGACGGUCUCCUGUGCGAGUCCCUGAGGGCCAAGUUUCUGGCCACUUUUGCACGCGCCCUCCUUCAGCCCUCGCCCGCCCCUUCCAGCCGCCCAGCUGUUGUUCGCCGCCUCGUGUGCCAGCGGCCCCGGUUCCCAGCCACCAUGGUGACGGUGGAGGAGCUGCGGGAGAUGGACUGCAGCGUGCUCAAAAGGCUGAUGAACCGGGACGAGAACGGCGGCGGCGCCCUGGGGCUGCUGAGCGGCGGCAAGUGCCUGCUGCUGGACUGCAGACCGUUCCUGGCGCACAGCGCGGGCUACAUCCGAGGCUCGGUCAACGUGCGCUGCAACACCAUCGUGCGUCGGCGGGCCAAAGGCUCCGUGAGCCUGGAGCAGAUCCUGCCCGCCGAGGAGGUGCGCUCCCGCCUGCGAUCCGGCCUCUAUUCGGCCGUCAUCGUCUACGACGAGCGCAGCCCGCGCGCCGAGAGCCUCCGCGAGGACAGCACGGUGUCUCUGGUCGUGCAGGCGCUGCGCCGGAACGCCGAGCGCACCGACAUCUGCCUGCUCAAAGGUGGCUAUGAGAGGUUUUCCUCCGAGUAUCCAGAAUUCUGUUCCAAAACCAAGGCCCUGGCAGCCAUCCCGGCCGCAGUGCCCCCCAGCACGGCCGAGUCCUUGGACCUGGGCUGCAGCUCCUGUGGAACCCCACUGCAUGACCAGGGGGGUCCGGUGGAGAUCCUCCCCUUCCUCUACCUCGGCAGUGCCUAUCAUGCUGCCCGGAGGGACAUGCUGGACGCCCUGGGGAUCACGGCCCUGCUGAACGUCUCCUCUGACUGCCCGAACCACUUCGAAGGACACUAUCAGUACAAGUGCAUCCCCGUGGAGGACAACCACAAGGCUGACAUCAGCUCCUGGUUCAUGGAAGCCAUCGAGUACAUCGACGCCGUGAAGGAGUGCCGCGGCCGCGUGCUGGUGCACUGCCAGGCGGGCAUCUCGCGCUCGGCCACCAUCUGCCUGGCCUACCUGAUGAUGAAGAAGCGCGUGAGGCUGGAGGAGGCCUUCGAGUUCGUCAAGCAGCGGCGCAGCAUCAUCUCGCCCAACUUCAGCUUCAUGGGGCAGCUGCUGCAGUUCGAGUCGCAGGUGCUGGCCACGUCCUGCGCCGCCGAGGCCGCCAGCCCGUCGGGGCCCCUGCGCGAGCGCGGCCAGGCCACCCCCACGCCCACCUCGCAGUUCGUCUUCAGCUUCCCGGUGUCGGUGGGCGUGCACGCGGCCCCCAGCAGCCUGCCCUACCUGCACAGCCCCAUCACCACCUCCCCCAGCUGCUAGGGCCGCGCGGGGAGCCCCCGAACCAGGGGCCUUCAGCGACAGCCGGGACUGCCCGGCCGGGGACAGGCCCAGGCCCCUGCCGUCACUUGUCCCCGGCCGGCCGCCGGGCCGCCAGAUGGCAAUAAGGACUCUGCAGACCUGUUCACAGCCGGCAGAGCAGCCCUCCGACCUCCAGCAAUAACGCCGCCGCCGGGCGGGGAAGACCUGGGCGUGGUGUGGGAGUCCCUGUGACGUGGCGGAUGGGAAUCUCUUACCUCAUUUUUCUAAGCAGUAAGGCUUGAAGUUCGGAAACCCACAGGUCCUGGCCAAUGUGCCCACGCAGUUUUACGAAAGGGCGGGGGAGGGGGGAGGCGGGACAAGAAGACGACGAGUUGCCCGAAGUGCCUGGUUCUGUGUGCUUGGCCCUUUUUGUGGUUGAGGUUACAGGGACUUUCCUCUAAAGGAGUCUUCGAGGACCCGGUUUUCCCUUCUAAGUCACAAACAGGUGAAUAAUUCUGCUUCAUAAUAAAUAAAAGUAUUUAUUAAGAGCUUCCGCGAGAAUCUAAGUACAGGGGGUCUAGCGCAGUGACUGAAGGAUAUGCUUUUGUGACGGCAUAGCGGCGGCUGACGUCACAGUGGGCACAAGAGGCGGCUGACGUCACAGAGGCCAGGAGGUCCGUGGCCCCCCCCCCCACGGGGCCAGGCUUGCAUCUGGUCCGCCCGGACUGGCGCUGAGGCAGGCAGGGCGCGGUGGAGGAGGAAGAAAGGGACUGCUUUUUAACAACUUUCCAAGCUGGUUCCUGGGCACGUGGACGCCGAAUGACUUCAAACCACAACAGCACAGCCUUUUCUCUCUGAUGCUCAAUAAUUCAGUUCGGCAGGUGGGAGCAUUUUUCUCAGCCACCUGCCUGAGGACUUGCAGACCAUCUGUGACAAAUGCCAUAUCCUAUCAGGUGCUCUAGACACGCUGGGUGCAGUUCAGCUUGUCCCGGGCCCUCGGGGAGACCAGCCAACUAGAGGCACACCGGAAACGAAUCCUUUUGUACAUGGAAAUACCACCUUUUCUCCUUUGCAUACAUACGUUGGAGAUUUUCAUGUUCGGGGGUUACUUGGCAUGAAGUGCAACCAACAAGUUUAAAUUCCUGGUUUAGGGGAAUGUCUUCAAUGGCCCGCUUUUGAAUAAAAAGGGGAGUGGACCCCG